AUGCCAGGCACAAAACGAUAUCAGCACGUGAUCGAGACCCCUGAGCCUGGUAAGUGGGAGUUUUCAGGGUGUGAAACAGCUGUGCCAAUCACAGAGAAGUCCAACCCAUUGACCCGGAACUUGGACAAAGCAGAUGCAGAGAAAAUUGUUCAACUGCUGGGGCGGUGUGAUUAUGAGAUCUUCCAGGAGGAGGGGCUGUCUGUCCACUCUCUACAGAGACUGUACAGAGAGUCAGUUCUGACCACCAUGCUGCAAGUGGCUGGGAAAGUCCAGGAGGUAUUGAAGGCACUAACUCUCCACCUGUUUCUCAGCCAAAAACUUCCGUCUGUUGUGACCUCUCGGGAACAGACAGAAGACAGUGCCCUACAUGGAGGGCUGAAGACCGAGGAGCUGAAGAAGGCACCCUUUGUGGCAGGCCAGAUGGACUACUGCAUGGAUAACACAGCUGUCUUUUUGCCAGUUCUGGUUGGCUUCAAUCCAGUGAGCAUGGCCAGAAAUGAUGCCAUUGAAGACUGGAGAUCAACAUCCCGGCAAGUAGCGGAGUGGAUGCAGAAGAUGCAAGAGAGACAGGAAGCUUUCGUGCUCAAUCUUGCUGUUGGGCCCGAGGGGCUCAGUGGCUCUUCCCCAAUGAAAGGUGGAAGUGCCACCAAGGUUCUGAUGGAAACCCUGCUACUGGUGGCCCACAAGACUGUGGACCAGGGUGUUGCUGCCUGUCAAAGAUGCCUUCUGGAAAUCCUGAGGACAUUUGAGCAGGCUCAUCGUCAAAGUUCCAAAAUUGCCACCCUGAUGAAACAAGUCAGCACCAGCCUAGAGAAGAAAGGCUAGGUGUACUUAGUUGGCUGGCAGACCCUUGGCAUCAUUGCCAUCAUGGAUGGAGUAGAGUGUAUCCACACCUUUGGUGCUGACUUCCAGGAUAUCUGUGGCUUUCUCAUUGGUGACCACAGUGGCAUGUUUAACCAGAAGGCAGAGCUCACCAACCAGGGUACCCAGUUCACCUUCUCGCAGGAUGACUUCCUGACCUCCAUUCUGCCAUCCCUGGUGGCAAUUGACACUGUGAUCUUCGUUUUCACCCUGGAUGAUAACCUCACGGAGGUCCAGGCACUGGUGGAGCAGGGGAGAGAGAAGACCACAAACAUCCAGGCCCUUGUUCACAGCACUGUGGGGCAGUCCUUGCCGGCUUCUCUAAAGAGGCUCUUUCUGUCCAUCAUCAGCAUUACAUGGCCGAUUCUUUUCUUUGAAUAUGAAGGAAGCUACAUCCAGGUAGAUUUCCAGCGUGAGCUAAGCACCAAGUUGGUGUUGAAUACAGUGAGUACAGGCCACGUGCUGCUGGGGAAGAUCCUACAGAACCACAUGCUGGACCUGCGCACUGCCAACUCCAAGUUCUUUUGGAGGGCACUGGCCAUGCUGCAGCGGUUCUCUGGACAGUCCAAGGCUUGCUGCAUUGAGAGCCUCCUCCAAGCCAUUCAUUUUCCUGGAUCCUUGUCCGAUGAUGUCCGUGCUGCUCCCAUCUCCCGCCAUGUCCAGGUUGCCCGCAAGAAGCAGAAGGUGAUCCCCACAGCCUUGACGAGCCUACUACUCAGGUGCCGCAUCACAGAAGCUAAGUCGUGCCUGGCUGCAGCUCCUUCUGUCUGUGAAGUUGUCAGGAGCACCCUCUCUGGGCCGGGUCAGAAGCGCACUGCCCAAGCCCUUGGAGACCCUACAGCCUGUAGUAGUGCAGUGAAUUGAUGUUUCUGGGACCAUGAAGGGGCUGAGCCUGGGUCCAGUCCUAAGAAGACUUGUGCCAGC